CAAAAAAUAUAAUUAAACAAAUCAACCAAAUACCUCUCUUUUUUCUCUUUUGUUUUUUUAUCACCUUAGAAUAGUUUGACUUUUUCAGCAAAAAACAAAAGAAGAAGAAGAACGUGACACCAACUAAAAACAAGAAUAUUGAUUGAUAAAACAUUGUUUUCUGUUGAAAUGAAUUUUACAAAACUCAACGACUCUCCCAUGUUUCGUCAACAGCUUCAGAGUUUGGAAGAAAGUGCAGAAUCGUUACGUUCCAGAUGUUGGAAGUUCUACAAAGGAUGUAGAAAGUACACGGAAGGGCUAGGAGAGGCAUAUGAUGGAGACAUUGGAUUUGCAACUGCACUUGAAAGUUUUGGAGGAGGCCAUAGUGACCCUCUUUUUGUAACUUUGGGAGGACCUGUAAUGACCAAAUUCUCUAUUGCUUUGAGAGAAAUCAGUACACACAAGGAACUUCUUCGGUCGCAGAUCGAGCAUAUGCUGAAUGACCGGUUAAUGAACAUCCUAAAUGUCGAAAUCGUUGAUGUCAAGGAAGCUCGGAAGCGUUUUGAUAAAGCUUCCCAAUUAUAUGAUCAGGCACGUGAGAAGUUUAUGUCAUUGAGAAAAAGUACCAAGUUUGAUGUUGCAGCUGUUAUAGAAGAGGAAUUGCACAAUGCAAGAACAAUAUUCGAGGAAGCUCGUUUCAAUCUGGUUGGUGCUCUUCAUAAUAUUGAGGCAAAGAAGAGAUUUGAAUUUUUGGAGGCUGUCACUGGAGUUAUGGAUGCUCAUCUUCGAUACUUUCAACAGGGAUAUCAGCAGUUACAAGAGCUGGAGCCUUUCAUUAUUGAGGUUUUGGCUUAUGCACAAAAGGCAAGAGAAAGUUACAAUGAGGAGCAGAUUUCUCUUUGUGAAAGAAUGGUAGAGUACAAAAAACUAAGUUACCAAGAAAGUAGGUUGUCCUUGAAUGGCCCUUAUGGUUCUCCCAGUGCAGAGAAUGCGCAUACGCAUCCUUUUUCUAGGAUAUCAAGUAGUGUGCUAGAUGCAGUAGCUGAAUCAGCUGCAAAUGGAAAGGUUCGAGUCAUUCGACAAGGGUAUCUUUCAAAACGUUCCUCGAAUUUGAGGGCCGACUGGAAGAGAAGAUUUUUUGUUCUUGAUAGUCUCGGAACGCUUUACUACUAUCGUAAACCAUUACAAGUAAAUAGUCAUAAUCAGCAAUGUACACAGAGAAAUUGUGCCAAUGAAAACAGUGCUGGCAUUUUGAGUAGGUUGCUUUCUUCGCAAUACCAUGCAGCUGUUCCUGAUGAAAAAUCUGUAGCACGUCACACGGUGAACCUGCUCACAGCAACAAUCAAGGUUGAUGCUGAGCAAUCAGAUUUAAGGUUCUGCUUCAGGAUUAUUUCGCCCUCAAAGAUGUAUACUUUGCAGGCAGAAAAUGCCCUUGACCAGAUGGAUUGGAUGGAAAAAAUAAACGGAGUCAUUGCAUCCUUAUUGUCUGUACAGACACUAGGUGUAAAGUAUAAAUCAGCUGACGCAGAAAGCUAUGACAGCGACUCUUCCAACAACACCGACACAUUACAAAGUUUACAAGACCAUGAUCAAUUAGGGAGUGGAGAAUUUGCACCCAAGAACUCCGCCAUUCGUAAAUCAUUUGAAAAAUCAUCUGAAGACUUGCAGAAGAAUAAGCAGUGUGUAAGAGUUGAACAGCCAAUUGAUAUUCUAAGAAAGGUUAGUGGGAAUGAUAAAUGUGCCGAUUGCGGUAAACCUGAACCAGAUUGGGCAUCCUUAAACCUUGGUAUCCUUGUAUGCAUUGAAUGUUCCGGCGUUCACCGUAAUCUUGGUGUACAUAUAUCAAAAGUAAGAUCACUGAAACUUGAUGUCAAAGUGUGGGAUUCCUCCGUCUUAACUAUGUUUCAGUCACUUGGAAAUCUCUUUGCAAACUCGGUCUGGGAGGAGCUUUUACAUGCCGCAACAAGUACUUCACAAACUGAUGACACUCCUUACGGUUCAUUCAAAGGCGAUAAAAACAAGUUAGGUUAUGCAAGAAAACCAGAACUUGAUGAUCCUAUUGCACUAAAGGAAAGAUUCAUUCAUGCAAAGUACGCGGAGAAAGUCUUUGUUCGACAGUUGCCGAAAAGCCACCACCUUCUUUCAGUGGCACAACAAGUGAUGGAAUGCAUCUGUGCCAAUGACAAGAAAGCAGUGUACCGGCACAUUGUCAAAUCAGAUGUGGAUAUCAAUUCUGUUAGUGGAGACAUAAUAUCUGGCUAUUUUUCUAAUAUGUCGUCUUCAAGUGAUUCAAACAAAUCUUCUACAAGUAAAACUCAGAUAAUGGAGGACAUGCACGAAGGUUCUAGUGUGCUUCACUUGGCUUGCCUAACAAGCGAUGCUGGAAUGAUAGAGCUUCUUCUACAGUAUGGCGCAGAUGUAAAUGCUAUUGAUUCAAGAGGUAGGACACCGCUGCAUUACUGCGUUUUGAGAGGAAAGACUGCAGCUGCCAAAUUGUUUAUUACAAGGGGAGCCAAUCCACUUGCUGUAGAUAACGAAGGCAACACUCCACUUAUGCUUGCACCAGAACCCGGGGCUAUUGGCAAAGACAUUCUUGCUCUCUUAACAAGCAGAUGACGUUUACCGUAAAAAAAAUUCCAUGCCUCACUUCUAAGAGAAAAUUGAGGAUCAACCAACAAGUCGUUCAGUCGCACACAUCCCGAAAAUACACAUUUUUUGUUCGGAGCAUGGAGCUGGUGGGUUGGUUUGCUAGGUCACAACUCACAUGUUUGUGAUUGUCAUCUUUUGUGAGUAAGAUGGGAUAGGCUGUUUAAUGAGGUCUUCACAUCCAUUUCAAUUUUCAUCUAGAGUCUGAGUUUUGUAACAUAUUCCGAAAUUUUGGAGUUUAUCAUAUGAUCAAAGUUAUAUAGUACAGGGGUUGUAUAUAAAUUACAUGAGUGAUUAUUCAUCAAGAUUUAUGUUCCUUAAUUGUGCGCCUGGUUUUGGAUGCUGCUAGCUAUUGAAAGGGAAAUUUUAGUUCAACUGAAAAA